UGGAACCCACACUUGUAAGCAUUGAGAGUGACGGAUUCCAUCCGCCUCGCUGAGACUCCAGCCCCACUGAGCAUGCUCAUGGAGCCCCGAACACCAACAGCCAACCUUUGGAGGGCAAGCAAACUUCCUCUGGAUCUGUAGGGCAGUGCCCCAGCCUCUCCACCAUGGCACGUGGUUUCACAGUGGCCUUUGACCCAUCGGGUCUAGGAGAACUCAGCUCCAGUUCUCUGAGCUCCCUCUCCUCCCGAGGCCAUCUGGGCAGCGACUUGGGCUCCACAGCAACACGAUACUUGCUUAGGAAGCAGCAGCGCCUGCUCAAUGGGCCCCCCCGUGGAAUCCGAGCCUCAUCACCCAUGGGCCGAGUCAUCCUCAUCAACUCCCCCAUUGAAGCCAACAGUGAUGAAAGUGACAUCAUCCACGCCGUCCGGGUGGAAAAGAGCUCCUCUGGGAGGCUGGGCUUCAGCGUGAGAGGUGGCUCUGAGCAUGGCCUGGGCAUCUUUGUCAGCAAGGUGGAGGAGGGGAGCAGUGCAGAGCGUGCUGGCCUGUGUGUGGGGGACAAGAUCACGGAGGUGAACGGGCUGAGUCUAGAGAGCACCACGAUGGGCAGCGCUGUGAGGCUGCUGACCAGCAGCAGCUGCCUGCACAUGAUGGUGCGGCGCAUUGGCCGUGUGCCCGGCAUCAAGUUCUCUAAGGAGAAGACCACAUGGGUGGAUGUAGUGAACCGGCGGCUAGUGGUGGAAAAGAGCAGUUCAACACCCUCGGACAGCAGCUCAGAGGAUGGCAUGCGCCGCAUUGUCCAUCUCUAUACAACCUCUGAUGACUUCUGCCUGGGCUUCAACAUCCGUGGGGGCAAGGAGUUCGGCCUGGGCAUCUAUGUGUCUAAAGUGGAUCAUGGUGGGCUGGCUGAGGAGAAUGGCAUCAAAGUGGGGGACCAGGUCCUGGCGGCCAACGGUGUCGGGUUUGAUGACAUCAGCCACAGCCAGGCCGUAGAACUGCUGAAGGGCCAAACACACAUCAUGUUGACCAUCAAGGAGACUGGCCGGUACCCUGCCUACAAAGAGAUGGUUUCAGAGUACUGCUGGCUGGAUAGAUUGAGCAAUGGGGUAUUACAGCAGCUGUCCCCAGCCUCAGAGAGUGGCUCCAGUAUCUCCUCCUAUGCGGGCAGUGUCCCCUGCAGCUCAGGCUCACUGCCCUCUGCCCACAUGGAUGUCUGCCUGGGGCCGGAGGAGCCCAGUGGCCACGGCCCAGGCUGGGGGCGAGCAGACACAGCCAUGCAGACUGAGCCUGACAUGGGCAGCCGUGUGGAAACGUGGUGCAGCGUAAGGCCAACUGUCAUCCUCAGAGACACGGCCAUCUGCUCUGAUGGUCCCUCUUCUACCCGACGCCUUGAUUCUGCACUUUCGGAGUCGCCCAAGACUGCUCUGUUGCUGGCCCUGAGCCGACCCAGGCCUCCCAUCACACGGUCUCAGAGCCACCUGACACUGUGGGAGGAGAAGAAACAGCGGAAGAAGGAGAAGUCAGGGACCCCGGGGGAGAACGGGGCCUUGCAGCGCUCCAAGACACUGAUGAACCUCUUCUUCAAGGGAGGGCGUCAGGGGCGGCCAGCAGGGGACGGGCACAGAGAGGCCUGGACACUGGACAGCAGAAGCCCCACCAAAGUCCGCCCUCGCCUGGACCUGGAGAAAGCAGGGAGCAUGGGACCUGUGCAGAAGUUUGUCACCUGGAGACUGAGACGUGACCGGGAGAGGGGCCAGGCCCUGCUCUCCGCUAGGCCUGGAAGCCCCUCUGGCCAGCUGCCCAGUGUGGAAGGGCAGGUACAGGCCUGGGAAAGUCGACGGCCCCUCAUCCAGGACCUGGCCCGGAGGCUGCUCACAGACGACGAGGUACUAGCAGUCACUCGCCACUGCUCCCGGUAUGUCCAUGAGGGUGGUGUGGAGGAUCUGGUGCGCCCCCUGCUGGCCAUCCUGGACCGGCCGGAGAAGCUGCUGCUGCUGAGGGACAUCAGGAGUGUGGUGGCCCCCACGGACCUCGGCCGCUUUGACAGCAUGGUGAUGCCUGUGGAGUUGGAGGCUUUUGAGGCUCUCAAGAGCAGGGCAGUUCGGCCUUCUGCUUUGAGACCAACUAGGCAAGAUACGCCACCCAGGCGUCACCUCGUCACCCCUGUGCCUGAUAGCCGUGGAGGCUUCUACUUGCUGCCUGUGAACGGCUGCUCAGAAGAUGACGACGACGACGGAGAGAUAAGGGAGAGGCUGGGGGGCCUUAAGGUCUCUCUCGGUGCCUCUGCCCCUCGCCAUCACCGUCAAGGAAUCCCUCCUCUACAAGAUGUGCCAGUUGAUGCCUUCUCUCCUCGCCGAAGCGCAUGUGCACCUCCUCCCCAACCACCUCCUGUGGCUCCCCGGCCUCCCAGGCCUAACUGGCUACUCACAGAACCCCCAAGCAAAGAGGACUCUCAGCAGAGCCAGAGGCAGACCCCAGCCCAAAGCCGCAGUCGAAGUCGCAGUCGAGGUCGAGGCAAGUCCCCUGGGCGCAGGCGCUCCCCUUCUCCAGCACCCAUCACCCCCGCCACCACAGCCAAUGGGCGUUACCACAGGCCUCGCAAGGCAAGGCCCUCGCUCCCACGACCUCUGGGUGGGCCAGAGGCCAAGGUGGGAGCUAGACAAGGGCCCUUGGAGAAUGGCAUUGGUGGGCCAACUGAGACUACCAGGAAGGCCGCCACCGGAGAGGUGAGGACAGUCACACUCUCCAAGAUGAAGCAGUCUUUGGGCAUCAGCAUUUCUGGGGGCAUCGAGUCCAAGGUGCAGCCCAUGGUUAAGAUAGAGAAGGUCUUUCCAGGAGGCGCUGCUUCCCUCUGCGGGGCCCUGCAGGCUGGCUUCGAGCUGUUGGCAGUGGAUGGGGAGACUCUGGAGCAGGUGACCCACCAACGAGCCGUGGACACCAUCCGGAGAGCAUACAGGAACAAGGCUCGGGAGCCUAUGGAGCUUGUGGUCAGGAUCCCUGAACUUGGCCUGCUGCCCUUAUCCUCUGCCCCAUUAGCCUUUAAGGAUCAGAGCCUUCCUGCUGACAGUUUCUCUGCCCAUGGAUCCCUUGACAAUACCCCAAUUGCCCCCAGCUACCUCCCUUCCCCUGAGGCCAGGCAUCUACAACAGACUCUCAACCCAGCCCUUCAGGGUUCUCAGAGUACCCCCAAACCCUCCGCUCUUCUUAAGGGUCCCCAGGACCCUCCCCAUGGACCUUAAGGACUACUGCUGCCCCCAGGUUUCUUGUACACGGGCUCAUACCCUCUGUCCUAUCUGCCUGCCUGGAGAGACCACCAUG